UCGUUUGAGUUAAAAACUACAGGAAACGAUCCUCCGGAUAAGCAAGGCACUCCCUAUAAUUAGAGUACCAGGAAGGGAGGCUAAGUGCUGGUAACUUCAUUUGAAAACCUUAAGUUUAUUUAAUUGAACCGUGUUUUUUUUAUUUUUUUUAUUUUCAAUAUUUAAGACCAGAAGACAGAAGAGGGAUUUAACAGCUUCUGUAGCUGUUAUAGCGACGAUGGCUGUGAAGUUUAUGAUUGGAAACUAACUGAAAGAACUUGUUUGCUGAAGCUGUUGGUUGCAAAAAGGUGUGUCCUCACCAUGGAUUUUGAAGAAGCGGGCGAAGAUGCUGAGAGCCAGCCAGAAGAGCCGGAAGUGCAAGGCAACUGUAAAGCAUGUUCCGGGUGCCAGAAGUUUCACCUCACUGUGUCCAAAUGGAUGCUUCCUGAGCAUUCAAGAGACAUGUACUUAGAAAGAGCAAACUGUAUACCUCCACCCAUCUUCAUUAUUCUCAUAAGCAUUGCUGAGGUUGCUGUUUUUAUAUAUUAUGCCUAUUGGAUGACUGAUAAGCAGCUGAUUACACUGGAUGAAGGGAUCUGGAACAGUCCCUUUACUUAUCGGCCCGACAAGAGACAGGAAGCCUGGAGGUUUAUUUCAUACAUGCUGGUGCAUGCUGGUGUCCAGCACAUCUUAGGGAAUGUGUUCCUGCAACUCCUGCUGGGAAUCCAACUGGAGCUGGUUCACAAGGGACUACGAGUCGGGCUGGUCUACAUCUCCGGAGUCAUCGCAGGUUCCCUGGCAAGCUCUAUCUUUGACCCCUUGAUUGCCCUUGUCGGUGCUUCAGGGGGAGUGUAUGCCCUCAUUGGUGGAUACUUCAUGAAUGUCAUUGUGAAUUUUGAUGAAAUGAUUCCUUUGUUUGGAGUUUUCCGAUUGCUGUCUAUUGUGGCUAUUGUGGGGACUGAUGUGGGAUUUGCCCUUUAUAGAAGAUUUUUAUCCAGAGCGGCUGGCCAUUCAGUGUCCUUCGUGGCUCAUAUUGGAGGGGGCCUGGCUGGAAUGACAAUCGGCUAUGUAGUUUUCAGCAGCUACAACCAGAGUCUCAUAAAGGACCCCAGGUUCUGGGUGUGCAUCGUCGCUUAUGCUGCCUGCUUCCUAUUCGCUGUUCUUUUCAAUAUCUUCUUGUCUCCUGCCUCGUAGGAGAAGCAAGGCAUGCUGCAGAGGCUUUUUCACUUUUUGACAGAAUAAGAAACUGUUCUGUAAAAAUGUUUACAUGGCUCCCGAUCACAGAUUCAAUUCAGUGCAGAUCACUAUAUCUGCAAGCUGUGUCUGGAUUGGGUUUAGUAGGGUAUACAGCGAACCUCAUCCAGGUAACCUU